AUUCUGCGUGGGCUUUCUGCUCGCUGCGUACAUUACUACGAAAUCGCAAAAUAUUCGUCAUCAUCGGGAAAUUUUUAUAAUUGUCAUUCAGAUAUCCGUCAAAAAACGAGAAGCCAGACAAGAAAGAUGUCCAUCAAAGGACAGGUGUUAAUUAAAGCCAUGCAGGAGCACCCCAUGCUGCACGUGUCCCUCCUGGUGUCCCAGCUCACGGCCAAGGACAUCAACAGGAGGUUCUGCUCGGAGAACGGACUCAACCCACGAGCAGUGUAUCAAUACCAGGCUAUGUUGCGUCAGCUUGAGCCUCAGCAGCCUUUGCUGCACAACACCAGAGGUAUCAAGUCCAGGCGGAAGUCUUUUGUAUGCACUAAAGCACAAGGACCAAAAAGGCUUAUUAACCCUUUGGCAAAACCUUGCCCCUUGAGGAAAAAAAUGACUGUGGGUAAACCAGAAGAACCAAAGUCUUGUAGGAAAUCAUUCAAAGCGACAGGCAAACCGGGACCAAAAAUAUCCAAAGUUUUUUCAAGGCCUUGCCCUCUGAGCAAAAAAGUUGCUGUGGUGCGGCCUGCUUCUCCCCCGCCUGAGGUGAAGGUGGAGCCGGAGGAGUUGUCGGGCUCACAGGACGAUGAGGGCGGCCUGCCGUGUGGGGAGGACGACCCACAGCAUCUGGUGGAGUGCAAGAGUGAAGCUGAGGAUGAUGCCAUACAGCAGCCGACGGGACAGUCCAGCCAAGGGUUGCCGCAAGAAGGCCCCGACCACCUGGACCAUUACACUCAGAAAGUCAAGUGGAUGUUGCUACGCCCUCUCCAGGCUGAUUCCUGUCCCUCCUCGUCUGCCGAGCCUUCGGCGCCCGCCGGUGCAAACGGAUCACUUGCAACGUCCAACACUCCAGUCACUUCUGCCAGGAAAAUUAAAGGGAAAACUGCUAGAAACACAAAAAUAAGGAAAAAAACAUCUAAAGCUUCUGCUGCUUCUGACAUUUCUGAUGUCACCGGGACAUACCCCACAGUCGCCGACAACAUCAUGGAUGUUGACAAAUCUCCAGAAGAUUUCUGUGAGGUCAAGAUGGAGGUGCAGGAGGAGCUGAGCUGCAGCGAGUGCAGCUUCAAGUGCUACCACCACGAGAUACUGACGAAGCAUGUGAACGAUACCCACAGGUGCAACUACAAGGGCGUCAUCAAAUGUGGGCUCUCCCUCAAGAAGCUCGGCCUCAUCAAGCUCACGACUUUCACCAAGAAGAUCUCCCGCGCACCUGAUGAUGUUCCUGGUGACCAGGAUCUGCCUCAGUCCCCUCCAGACAGUGAAGGAGGGGAGGAAGAAAAGGAUCAUGAAGGGUAUGAAGAAGAGAAUGAAGGGUAUAAAGAAGAGAAUACUGAAGGAGAUGAUGAUGAAAUGAAUGGAGUAGACGAUGAAGAACAAGACUGUAUUAAAGAUGAGCUUGAUAAGUUGCAGGGAGAAGAGGUACAAAGCGAUAGAAAAGAACAUAUUCAUGUAAAGCGGCGUUUAAAAGAACAAGAAAAGAUAGUUGCGAAGUACAAAAGAAAGGAGAUUCUGGAUGACGGAAUGUUUGACCCGAAUACAGUUCUGCCUGACUCGUCUCCAGAAGUAAAGAGUUCUGUCACGGCAAGCGAACGGCCAUUAGAAAGCAGUAAGCCUACGGACAAUGAGGAGCUUAAAGCGGAUCAAAAUGCAUCUGUUUCUGCCAUGUUGAGCCGUCAAUCUCUGCCAUGGCCGGAUGAGGUGGCCGUUGACAGGCUGGUAUGGAAGGCAGGACAGCGUCAGUGUGUGUACUGCACUCACGUGGCGCGGAGUGGCGCUAUGUUGCUCGCCCACUACACGCAAGUGCACGAGUGUAGCAAGCUGUACCAGUGCAGCAGGUGCAGCUUCGCCACCAACUACAAGAACUGCCUCAAGAACCACAUCGCGUGGCGACAUUCGAACUGCAAGCCACACGCGUGUUCGUUGUGCAACUAUCGUACUGCAGUUAAGCACCAGCUGCGGCAACACAUUCGUGUCACGCACGCCACAGACAAGAAGCACGAGUGUCCACACUGUGAGUUCGUGACGCAGUACAAAGGGGCUCUGAAUGACCACAUCACCGGCCAGCAUACCAAAGAACGCAAGUAUAAGUGUUCCCUCUGUCCGUAUGCGAGUAUCCGGGGAGACCAAGUGCGUAAGCACUUUGCCACAAGACAUGGCAUCCCAAGACCUAAAAAAGAAGGUCCUCUGAGGAAAUGUCCCUUGUGUCCCUACACAGCGUACACCCAGGGUUCUAUCUACCAGCACAACCUAAGAUACCACGAAGUAGUUAUGCACAAAUGUCCCAUGUGCCCCUACGAGAGCUGUGAGAAGGCGCGUCUCAAACGGCACAUCGCGUGCCGGCAUUGCGAUGAACGUCCAUUUAAGUGCACCCAGUGCCCCUACGCUGCCAAGCUCAAGGACAGGCUCGUGGUGCAUGUUCAGAACCAGCACCUGGAGCGUCCCCUACACACGUGCCCUCUGUGUGACUACGGGGCGAGGGCGCGCUUCAAGUGCAGGGUGCACUUCAUCGCCAAGCAUCCCGACCACAACGUCGAGGAAUAUUUCCCCAGCAAAGAACAUUGGCAGCAAAACGCUGACCAACCGCAUGAGCCAAGUGAUGAAUAACAAGAGUUUAGCUCUCAACCAACCACGUCACCUUAGCAGCCAACAACAUGAGCUUAGCAGCCAACAACAUUUCACCUGAAUUUAUUUCGCAUUUUGCUGGUAAAAUUCUCUUAUGUUUUGAAUUCAACGUUAUUUGCGAAUUUUGUUGUAAUGGAAAGGAAGCUCGUGACUGUUGUCACGGCGAACUGAGUGCUAUAGACGGCACAACGCAGUGUUGCAAAUGUCACCAGCUUGCAAAGCGCCAUCCUGUUAUUUUCAAAAAGUAUUAAUAGUUGAUGCUGUUUAUUAGGACGUUUUUUCCUCAAAUCGUCUUAGUCGUUUUUCCUCUAGUUUUGAGAUUUGGUUUACGUGAAAGAUUGUGGACAUUUGUAACUGUUCUUAUUUUUUAGGUUUUGUUGAUACGCCGCCGUUUACGUCAUGCAGUUAAAAUUAAUUAAUUGCUAAUAAUUAACAGGCAUUGAUCAACUUUAUUAAACAUUCGUCACAAUUAAAAAGAUACAUUGUUUUCUGGUAGUGUCAGCCGCCCGAGCCAACGCAGUUGAUAUCGUGUACAUGUUAGUGAUAACGGAACCUUCUCUGUAAUAUUAUAAUGUAAUUUAGUUGUAAUGGAGCGUAUAAUACAAUUAGACGA